GGAAAAGUCUCCAAAGCAGUGUUUUGACUGGGAAGUGAAAACAUCCCAAAGAUCCAGGAAAAGUCCAGAAAAGCCCAGGAACUGACGACGAAUCCUCAUGGAGCGCACGGUGGAGAAUAAGUUCAUCGAGAUCGAGCCGAAGAUGGCGAAAUCCGCGGACAAGGAAGAGCUCUCGGGCGUCACGAUGGUGAUAAUUAUUGGCGGAGGCGUUCUCACCUUCAUCAUCUUGUUCAUCUUCGCCAAGCGCCAGAUUAUGCGCUUCACGCUGCGCUCACGCCGCGGCCCGCACGUGCCCAUCGGCCACGACGCCCGGAAGAACAUGAAGAAGGAGAUUGAGCGUCGCAUUGACGCCAUCGAGAAGAUCUCGCACGAGCCACAGCUGAUCCUGGACGAUCAUCGCUACAUCUUGCGGCCGGACUGCCCGCUGCCGCCCUUCUACUACCGCCUCAAGGCCGUGGACGACGUGAAGGUGCUGGAGCGCGAGAUUGCGCGCCAGGACGGCAGCGUGCGCCAGCCCAGGGAGAAUCUCAGGGCCUUCCUGCUCACCACACUCGCCGCCGCGCUCAACGGCUCCGGCCAGAGGCUCAUCCACCAGUUCUGCGACAUGUACGAACACGCUCGCCACGAUCCCAGUGAGUUCGGCAAUGAGGAGUACGAGGCUUACCAUCGGAUGCUGAUGAAGUUGAUUGACGCCGCAAAGUCCAUGAAGAACUUCUGCAACAGCCGCAAAUCGUCGCCCAGCCGGACGCCGGUGAAGAAGCAGCAGACGAAGAUGCAAUCGCUGCUGGAUCCGUCGCGUCUGCGGCCGCCGCCGUUGCUGAGCGAAAGCAACGCGCGCAUCAAUCUGUCGCUCGGCGUUCAGCUGCAGCAGCAGCAACUUGACCAGAUCGGCGACUUGGGUGAGAAUGAGAUCCUCGCCGUGCCGCACUUCCACGACGAGGCGAAGGCUUAGCGGCUGUGGCGCCCGAGUGGGUGGCGCCCGAGUGGGUGGAGCCGCGGUGUCAACGCGAUGACGGAGAGGCGCAAUUAGGCCGCACUCAAUCACACAUCGCGAGAGAUGUCAAUAAAGUUGGAAGUCAGAUGUUUGUCGAGACUCCGAUUCAUCCUCACGCAGUCCUUUGAGGACACCCAAAGGGGGCGCCAAAGGGGGAGAUAUUGUGGUGGGAAAAUAGUUUGACGAUCAGUAGAAAAUAAGCAGAAAUGUGUGAAUAUUCAUCGAUAUUUCUUCAUUAAAAGCUUCUUUUUAUUUCAUUCACGAUUAGUUUAGCUAAUCUUUGUACUGUUUUAAAUUUUGUGAUUUAAUAUU